AUGAAUGAACAACGUGAAAUCGUAAAAGCAAGCUGGUUACAGCAUGUAGUACAUAAAAAAGGUGGUACUUUACAUCGGAAAAAGAAAAUUCUGUAUGAAGAAGGAAAAUGGGUUGUAUUGUGUGUUCACAAUGGUCGUAUACCACUUUUGGAAUGGUAUUUUUCGGAGGAAUACGUACAUGGGCACAGACCUUCGAAAGUAAUCGAUUUGUUGGAUUCUUCUUUUGUAAGGGUCAUUAUGAGUGACCCAUCCAGACGCAGUUUCAUGAUUGGUUUUGUGGACUGCUCACGUGAUGCCAUUGAGCUUUCUGCUUUAACAAUAGAAGAUUGUGAUGACUGGAUUCGGUCAACAACGUCUGCUCUCAUACGAUUAAAAUGUUUGACGGAAUCUACAAAUCUCUAUAUUUCGGUACCUGAUUUUAUAUCUGAAUCAUCUAGAACAGCUGAACAAUUUAUUUAUGAAGGUUCAGGUCCUGAUGAGGUGCCUGAAGAACUGGCGCCAUCAGUACCAGUUUCUACUCUAAGAAACUUUGAAGACGAACUCACUAGAUUUCCAUCAUUGCCAACGCAGCCAUCUGGGAUGUCAUCUCUUCCUCGUACGCUGAGCAUUGAAGAGAAAAAAGUGAAGAAUCAUGGAGUGGUGGUGAAAACCCCACCCCCUCUUCCGCCUCGUAAUAUUUCAUCUUCAAAAGCUCUUGUUCCCAAAACUGGUACAAAAAGGUGCUCAAUAUAUGAUCAUCCAAAGAAUCGUGCAUCAACAUCGUUUGGAGAUUCAUCGACUAUGGAAAGACGGCCAGAAGACAUUUCGAUAAAUUCUCAAAAUUCUGUAUAUAGUACUUUGGAGGGACCUACAUUACUGGACACUGAAAUAACAGCACCAGUGAGUUUGUGUUCCGAAUCGAUAAAGCGUGGUUAUUCCGUCCCAGCUGGAACUUUGAAUAUCAAUAUAGCUCACUCACGUCGUGUUACUGGAAAUGAUUCGUUUUCACUGGAUUAUGAUUCACCUUCUGGAAUGAUUAAUCGAAUUUCGCCAAUUGCAAGCAUUGCACUGCAAAAAACUCAUUCAGUUUGUGAAAGAAACAGUAGUGAAAUGUUAGCUGAAGAUCAGAAUCAUUCACAGAUCAUCGAUAAUAAUGGUAUUUCAAGUGGUUUGAGAAAUUUAACGGUACGAUCCUUUAUCUGCAUGCGGCAUAUUGCUUACGUGGAUUUUGGCGGGAAAGUAUGGGUAACAGGUUGGACUGCAAUAGCUGAGAAGUAUCUUGGCGGUCAAUUAUUUGUUGGCGAUCAACUUGUACGAAUUGCUAAUGUUGACAUAUACAGUACACAACAAAUUCCAAUCAUUUUCAGUACUGCAUCAAAAACGGGGUCAUCGGUAAAUAUUACCAUUCAGCGAGUGCCUCAUGGAACAAUUCAUACACUGCAGAAAACGAAGCAGAAAUUUGAUGCGGGCUUAAUUUUGGAUAAACGUAAAAUCAAACUGGCUGACGUGCUUGAAGGGUCACCAGCAUGGGAAGCUGGUAUUCGGGCCUUAGUUCCGGCAGUUACGCGAACAGGAGCUACUCCUGCUUGCAUCACUUGUGUGGGCAAGCAUGCUUUGAAUAUGUUUUCAGAAGAUGACGAAGUUUUUAAGCAAAUCGACACUUUACCUUUGUCCGUUUUCACUCUCAUAGUACAGCCCUAUGAUUUUGUCAAACUUCUAAAACGAAGUUUGAAGAAAUUGAAAAAUGUCGAUGAUUUCGUUCAUUGA